UCAUUAAGCCCUCAUAUCGUAAACAUGUCGUUGCGCGAUCACAUCAUACGUACAACUAAUAUAUGGUUUAUAACAUAAUAAACAAUAAUAAAAAGAAAACACGAUAACAAUUACAAACAAAUAAAGUUUGCAUUUAAAAUAUUUAACUUAUAUUUGGCCAAAGAAAGGUGUGUUAGCCAAUAUUUAGCAACAAAAACAUCACACUUUUAACAUAAAAUCUGGUUUAACACUUUCCGGGUUCGUCGAUAUCUUGUCUUCGUCGCCGUCAUCGUCUUUGCCGUUACAGUCGCUCUCUGUAGUUUUUGAGUUACAGCUAUGUGUUGGUCUUUACGUGUCUAUUGGACUGUUCUGCACAAUCUUUUUGCCCGGUUCUUCACAAAUCUUGCCAUCAAAUGUUCGGCGUGUGCUUCACAGCAGUUGUGCUGUUGUUGCUAUUGCUGCAGCAGCGAAGACGACUGCAGCUGCUGUCACAAAUAUCUCCAGCCAAUGGGUAGUUCUUCGGAUGUUGGGGCCUACGAUACUCCGGAGAAUCAUUUGGAUCUGACGCAACAGUCUGGGAGAGAAUUCCAUGAUUAUGUCAUUGUGGAUGACAUUGAUGCCGAUUACUUACAAAUCGAAAAGAGGAAAAUUGAAACGGAACCAUUUUAUAGGACCAUAGAUCGAGCAACUGCUGAAGACAUACUUACUGGAAGAGAAGAUGGUACCUGCUUAGUGAGGCCAUACAAAGAGGAGGAUGUUAGCAUAAAAUACAUAGUCAGCAUAUAUGCUCAAAAGGAAUUCUUUCAUUUGUUCAUACGCCAAAUACCAGGCACUGAACUAUAUGCCAUAGGCCAAGAAAAGCGCCAAGAGAAAUUAUAUCGCACACCAAACGAGAUCAUAGAGUUUUAUAAGCACAACACACUGCAGUGUACAAAUAAGGAGUGUACCUUAAGUUUAAUGUUAAGGCCGAUUGUAGUUUAGAAUAUGUAAUUAGGCAAUGAGAUCUAAGAGUAUGAUAAGUUAGUUUUCCGGAAAAAAUUAAAAAAAGUUUGUUGACUUUUAACAUUUUAUUUAAAAUUAAGUGAAAUAUUAAAAUUAAAAUGUGCCAAAAAUUCCAAAAAUAUCAUUCCAUUUACAAAAUUGGAAAAAUGUUUGUAAGAGAUAAUUAAAUUAUUAAAAUUUGUUUUUAA